AUGUCGGACUCCUACAGGGAGGGUACGGAGCGGGAAACAAUGAAAGAGGAGACGCUCGUCUUUGCCUACUACGUGGUGAUUGUGCUCGCUUCUACCGCCACCGAAGCAUGCUUAGUUGGGGAAGUAUUCGACCCAAACCUGAAGAAGUGUAUCAGCUGCGAAAUAUGUCGUGAAUUCCCGUAUUCACCAUUUUGUGACGAAUGCAACGUUGUUGAUGUCAGCACAUCCAAUAGAUUGCCCCCAGAUUGUUUUGUCAAUCCGAGUCGUAGCGCCGACGCACAUGACUAUGCAGAAAGUAUAAAGGCUUCCAACUGCCUGGUCCAACACAAUGGAUGGGUCAGUCUUUGGUCGAGACCCACAGUUCUAAAAAGUACAUGCAAGAUUGAUGUAAAAUACUUCCCCUUCGAUAAGCAACAAUGUCGACUUAAGUUCGGUUCAUGGACGUAUAACGGAGAACAAAUAAAUCUUAAUCAGCAUGCCGUGAAGCCGGACUUAACUAACCUCGUUCCCAAUGAACAAUGGGAUCUUUUGUACGCGAUUACCACCAGGCACAGCAUGCGAUACGAAUGCUGUCCCGAUACUUACCACGAUGUAACGUUUUUAGUUGGUCUUGAACGGAAACCCUUGUAUUAUAUUUACAAUCUGAUUAUGCCAUGUGUUCUCUUGUCGGCGCUAUCACUUUUAGGAUUUUUCAUGCCCUAUGACGUGGUGUUGUGA